CCUUUCCAGCUCCCUAACGUCCUCCGCGUCGGGCCCGGGCCUGCGCCUGCGCCUGCGCUCUGGGGCCGAAGUCGGGGCGCGCCUUGGCAGAAUCCGGAGAGCGGCGGGCGCUGCAGCCAAUGGGCGACGUCGCUGCCUAGCGGCUGGAAGGCGGGGCCUGCGCGGGUGUUAGGUUAGCGCGAGGCGUGACCUAGUUGACAGGCUCUGAGGUGCUGCUGUGGCGGCGGCCACGGGGCUGAGGCGGGCGGGAGCCGGAGCCGAGCGCGGGCUGAGGGAGGAGGGCGGCGACUGGAGAGCGGCGAGCGGCGCGGGACGCGGAGCCUCUGUCACUUUUUUUUUUCCUUCCCGAGUGCCCGCUCCCACUCCACACACACAUACAACCAUACACACCACACACACACACACACACCCUGUUUGCCCGUGAGCCUGGGGAACUUGCAGCUUAAAGCCAGCCACCCCCACGGCAACAUGUACCCCAGCAACAAGAAGAAAAAGGUGUGGAGAGAGGAGAAAGAACGUUUACUGAAGAUGACCUUAGAGGAGAGACGCAAAGAAUACACAAGGGACUACGUUACCCUGAACACCAUUCCAUCGUGGAAGGAAGAGAUGAAAGACGAGAGCCAAAAUGACGAAGAAAAUACUCAGGAAACAUCACAAGUGAAGAUAAGUUUGAGUGAAAAAGUUUCUCUCUACAGAGGUGACAUCACGUUGCUGGAGAUAGAUGCUGUUGUCAAUGCGGCAAAUGCCAGUCUUCUUGGAGGAGGUGGUGUGGAUGGCUGCAUUCAUAGAGCGGCUGGCCCCUGUUUGCUAGCUGAGUGCCGGACCCUGAAUGGUUGUGAGACGGGCCAUGCAAAAAUCACAUGCGGUUAUGACCUGCCUGCCAAAUAUGUCAUCCAUACUGUAGGACCGAUAGCCAGAGGGCAUAUUAACGGUUCCCACAAGGAAGACCUUGCAAAUUGCUAUAAAUCGUCUCUGAAACUGGUGAAAGAAAACAACAUCCGAUCAGUUGCAUUUCCCUGCAUUUCAACCGGCAUUUAUGGUUUUCCAAAUGAGCCUGCUGCAGUCAUUGCCCUCAGCACCAUUAAGGAAUGGCUGGCCAAGAAUCACCAGGAGGUGGAUCGGGUCAUCUUCUGUGUCUUCUUAGAAGUUGACUUUAAAAUCUACAAAAAGAAAAUGGCCGAGUUUUUCCCUCUAGAUGAUAAUAAUGAAGAAGAAGAUGUUGACAUGAAAGAAGAUUCAGGUGCCAGCCAAAAAAGAAUCACAAACCCUUAGGAUCUAGCAGUGAAGUUUCAGCUGAGGAAAUAAAAAGCCAGUUUCCUGAAAAUUAUAAAAUAGAUAAGUUGG